CUUCGCCGCCCCUAACUCACCCGGCGCAGUCCUCGCUGCGCUCUCCUUCGCGCCCGCUCUGACGACGAUGGGUGACACCGCCACCGCUGCCGCCCCCACUCUCGGCCUCACUAGGCCCAACGCCGUCGACCCAUCUCAGGUCACUUUUGCCGCUAAGGACGUCGAGUUCUCCGGCUGGAACGGGGACAUUCUCGCCGUUGCGGUCACCGAGAAGGAUCUGCAGCCCGGAGCCCCGGACUCCAAGUUCGAGAACGCCGUCCUCAACAGGCUGGACGGGCAGCUCGGCGGCCUCCUGUCGGCCGCUGCGGCGGAGGAGGACUUCACCGGCAAACCCGGCCAGUCGGUGGUUCUCCGCGUCCAGGGGCAGGCGUUCAAGAGGGUGGCUCUGAUCGGCUUCGUCGCCCACAACGCCGCUUGCCUGCAGGGCCUCGGCGAGUUAGUCGCGUCCGUCGCCAAGGCCGCCAAGGCUUCCAGCGCUGCCAUCGUUCUUGCCUCCCCCAGUGUGAUCCAGGGACAGUUCAAGCUGAACGCUGCCGCAGCAAUCGCUUCAGGAACUGUGCUGGGAUUGCACGAGGACACCAGAUACAAGUCUGAAUGGAAAAAAGUGCAUCUGAAACAAGUAGACCUCAUUGGGAUGGGCUCUGGUCCGGAGGUGGAUCAGAAGCUGAAGCAUGCCAACCAUGUUUCCUCGGGUGUCAUGCUUGGGAGGGACCUUGUGAACUCGCCUGCCAAUGUCCUUACCCCUGCUGCUCUCGCGGAGGAGGCGUCGAAGAUCACAUCGAUGUAUAGCGAUGUUCUCACAGCUACAAUAUUAGAUGCAGAGAAAUGCAGAGAGUUGAAGAUGGGCGCCUACUUGGGGGUUGCCGCAGCAUCUGCCAACCCUCCUCACUUCAUCCACUUGUGUUACAAACCCACCGGUGGUAAUGUCAAGAGAAAGCUGGCAAUUGUUGGGAAAGGUCUAACUUUUGACAGUGGUGGCUACAACAUUAAGGCCGUACCGAUCGCCACAAUUGAGCUUAUGAAAUGGGACAUGGGAGGCUCUGCAGCUGUGUUUGGUGCAGCAAAAGCUUUGGGCCAGAUCAAGCCUCCUGGAGUAGAGGUCCAUUUUAUAGCUGCUGCUUGUGAAAAUAUGAUUAGUGGCACGGGUAUGAGACCUGGUGACAUCGUGACUGCUUCCAACGGGAAGACAAUCGAGGUAGACAACACUGAUGCAGAGGGAAGGCUUACACUUGCUGAUGCUUUGGUGUAUGCUUGUAAUCAAGGUGUCGACAAGGUUAUUGAUCUGGCAACACUAACUGGCGCCAUGCGUGUUGCACUUGGGCCUAGCAUAGCUGGGAUCUUCACACCAAGCGACGAGCUAGCCGAGGAAUUUGUGGGUGCCUCUGAGGUCUCCGGGGAGAAGUUCUGGAGGCUGCCCAUGGAGGAGAGCUACUGGGAAGACAUGAAGUCUGGCAUCGCUGAUAUGCUCAACACCGGCCCUAUGCAGCCCAAGGGAGGUGCUAUCACUGCCGCAUUGUUCCUCAAACAGUUUGUUGACGAGAAGAUCCAGUGGAUGCACAUCGACAUUGCAGGCACGGUAUGGAGCCACAAGAAGCGGGGGGCUACCGGUUUCGGAGUCGCCACCUUGGUGGAGUGGGUUCUCAAGAACUCGUCGUCGUGAAGAAAUCCUUCAGUAAUGCUUCUGCACAUUGGAUGGAUGAAGCAAGAAACGUAAUUGGAUAAUACGGUGGUGUCCAGGGUUCCUUUUUAUACUAGGUUACUACUCUCAUUUUAUCUGUACUUUGUAUAUUGCAGGCCCAAGCCAAGGUUUCACUCUUGGCCAGUGGCCACUAGACUCAUUUGAAAGUGGGUAUUUGAAUUAUGAUUAUCAACAAAUUUAAUAACCAACGGCUACCUCAAUCUUUGACAUUCUUC